CUCUCUCUCUCAUAUCAAUCCAAAACACAAUUGACUUGAAAUCCACAUUGCAAAAUUCGUCCAUCAGAUCCAUCAAAAACCCUCACCAAACUCCCCAGAUCUCCCACAUUUUACUCAAUUCCUAAAUCAAUCCCCAACAUCCAUCAUCAUCCAUGUAAACCCACAAAACUCAAAUCCCACCAAACCCUGCAACCUCCCUCCUUCGAUUUAAUGAAGGGAGGCAGCACAAAGUCACAGACACAGUGGUUUACGAUCGGCCUCGUCUUAUCAUGGUACACAUCCAACAUUGGAGUACUCCUUCUCAACAAAUACUUACUCAGCAACUAUGGAUUCAAGUACCCGAUCUUCCUCACCAUGUGCCAUAUGACCGCUUGUUCUUUGCUCAGUUACAUCGCCAUUGUUUGGAUGAAGAUGGUGCCUCUCCAAACUCUUAGGUCUAGGGUUCAGUUUUUCAAGAUCUCCGCCCUCAGUUUGGUGUUUUGUGCCUCCGUCGUUAGCGGAAAUGUCUCGCUUAGGUAUUUGCCCGUUUCCUUUACGCAGGCCGUCGGUGCCACCACACCAUUCUUCACGGCGGUGUUUGCCUAUAUCAUGACUAUGAAAAGAGAGGCAUGGUUGACCUAUGUAACUCUCAUCCCUGUCGUCACCGGCGUUGUCAUUGCUAGUGGGAGUGAACCGAGUUUCCAUUUAUUUGGUUUCAUCAUUUGUCUUGGCGCCACAGCUGCAAGAGCAUUAAAGUCGGUGCUUCAAGGAAUUUUGCUAUCCUCAGAAGGGGAGAAGCUGAAUUCCAUGAAUCUUUUGUUGUACAUGGCUCCAGUAGCAGUUGUGAUCUUGCUUCCUGCAACAUUGUUAAUGGAAGAUAAUGUGGUUGGAAUUACUAUAGCUCUUGCCAGAAAAGAUGUCAACAUUGUGUGGUAUCUGCUGUUUAAUUCUGGUUUAGCGUAUCUUGUCAACUUGACCAAUUUCUUGGUUACGAAGCAUACAAGUGCUUUAACUCUCCAGGUUUUGGGGAAUGCUAAAGGAGCUGUAGCUGUUGUGAUAUCAAUUUUGAUAUUUAAGAAUCCAGUAUCAGUAACAGGGAUGCUAGGUUACUUGCUUACAGUGUUUGGGGUGAUUUUAUACAGUGAAGCCAAGAAGAGGACCAAAUAAACCUCCUUCAUAUUCAGUUAACCUUUUGUAUUCUUUCACUUGAUAAAACAGUUUCCAUAUAUUUUGUUUGAUUUUUAGUCCCAAUUUGUUGUAUACCUUCAUGUGAUUAUGAGUUUACAGUUAUACUGUUGUAUAAAUACUUAUACAAUACCCUAGAAUCUCAAUAA